GUUCCUAUUCUGAAUGUAGUCUUAAAACUGGGGUUAGGCCCUGAGCAGGAGGGAAAUUAGCAAGCUCACAUUUUCGAGUGUGGUGGAAAUUCCCCUAACCUGUGAAUGCACACUAGCAAUUGGAGGUUUCGAGGCUGAGUCUGACAGAUUUUGACUUUGAUGUUGACGACACCGAGAGGGAGAUCAACGGAGGUUUGGUGCAAAUCAGUGGAAAUUUAAUUGAAUGGCAGAUACUGCGAAUGAGCUGUCUAAACCAAGUCCCAAAACCAAAUAAGAGGGGGGAAAAACACUGAAAAUCUACCAGUGUCACCUUUUGUACCUGACUGUGGCCAACAUCUCUGAUGACUUGCACUGCAGUAGUUUGGAAAGUCAGCUGGGUAUAUGCAGAUCCGUAAGCUUUCGUUGCAAUGUGAGGGAACGCAUUUCCUUUCUCUGUCGCUGCCUGGUACAAACCCUCCUAGUGAUUACGUUAACCCCGACCACAAUCGAAAUUGUUUUAAAUUGGAAAAUUCACGGCUACAUAAGGGCUAAGACCCGGGACCACCGAUAUCUGUGCUGGGGGGUAGGAGGGGAUCAUUCCCGCUACAGCACACUCCAACCCAAGUCAAGUCAAGCAGGACUCUUUUUUUUGUGCACCGUGGUUUCGUGGAGAUUUUUAACGGAGGGAAACGCCGCAGCAGCCAAUGCGUUUUGAGAGCUGUGCUCUUUUCCCGGGCACUCGGCUGCGUUGCAGAGUGAUCAACGCAAACGCCUUCACUCAAAGAAAGUAGGAUUGCACGGAGGGUCUGCACAGGGAAUUGCGCCGAUGUCUUCUAAAGGGAAUCACUCGCACCGUUGCACCCUGGAUUGUGAUUCUCAAAACAGAGGUUGGUUGAAGUUCUUUUAUUCUACUUCCUUUCAGUGGCUGCCCGGCAGUGCUCAGAAGGAAGACUUAGAGGUGGAAUGUGGGUGCCACUUAAAUAACCUUUCCUCUUGGACAGCACUGGGAGGUCAAAGCAGUCGGGAGGUGACAAAAAAAAUGGAGAAACCUGCAGAUGAAAGCAAGGGCUUGAGUCAUAAAGCAACCAUUGAGACUGGGAAGAGGAACGGUCUUAUCAACACAAAAGACUUGGCGAUAGAUGGUAAAGAUGGGUUGGCAUCUCUUUACUCAGCUCCUCAAUACAAGGGACAUGUACUGGGGAGUUUCCCACCUCACAACUACAUUGAGAGGAGCAGGAAUGAGUCUGGCCAGCAACAGGUCCUUAACCCCAGUACCUUGCAGCACACUGUCGAGGCCCAGUACCGACCCAAUAUCAUUUUGUAUUCUGAGAGCAUGCUGAGACCCUGGAGCGAGAGCAAUAGUUCAGAUUGCUGCGAAACAACUUUCAUUGAAAGCAGAUCCCCCACAAAGGAUGGCCUGGAUUUUGGAGACAGCCAAUUCAUUGACCUGUCAGCUGACGAUAAAGUCCAAACCCUGUCUUAUGAUGUGGAGGAUGAGGAUGACUUCCAAGAGCUGGAGAGUGAUUACUCGAGUGAGACGGAGAGUGAGGACAAUUUUCUGAUGAUACCACCCAGGGACCAUUUGGGCCUCAGUGUUUUCUCCAUGCUGUGCUGCUUCUGGCCAUUGGGAAUUGCUGCCUUCUACCACUCACACGAGACCAACAAAGGUGUGGCAAAGGGAGACUACCACCAUGCCAGCUCAAGCUCACGACGGGCUCUGUUCUUGGCCGUGCUCUCAAUCACCAUCGGAACUGGCAUUUAUGUGGGUGUUGCCGUGGCACUGAUAGCCUACCUGUCCAAGAACAACCAUUUGUAGGACUCUGUCCAGGGUGGACACAUACAACCCUUUGGCCUACGACCUACUGAACCAUGGGAGAAGAAGUCUCAAAAUUGGAAGAUGAACUGGUCAACUCCAACAUGGCUGUCGGAGCAUUUGAUUCAAGCAGACGACUCAUCAGUAUCCAUUGUGCCAAUCAAUUGCAUUAGUGUACAGUAUUGGGAGGACGGACAAGCAACUUCCUGAAAAUUGCCUGGGCCAAAUCCAGUAAUUCAGCCAACUGCGCAGUGAGGAAGCUUCAUCCCAUGUAUAACGACAUGGCAGCCUUUCAGCAGUGUGUAAGAGCAGUGACAGUAAUGUUCAGGCUGUCCAAAUAGCAAGGCUUAUGGUAGUUUUGAAAACAAUUUGUGAAGGCAAUGCUCUCCAAGAGGUAUCUAUUUUCUUCUCUCUUCUCAGCUUCUGUUGAUCUCCUCACAGGUAAAUAGCCUGUAACUCUGGGUAAUGGCACUCUCCAGUUGACUAUCAGACCAGCCAGGGUGCGUCAAUCCCACUGCAAUGCCCAAUGAAUCUUUGACAAGAAUUUACCUUGCCAGAAGUACUUGCAGGCUUCUUGCCAGGGGGCAUCCACGAUAGACUCCUUUUAAACCAGCCUGGUCUGUCCUGAGCUUGAUAUCACUGGGAAGGAGUCUGCACUUGUCUCCAGAUUCUACCAAGGGAGGGGUUCCCAGUCCUGGCACCUAUCAACUGGAGACAUAGCGACUGUGGCAGUGCCAGGAUCUGCAGGCCUGUUAAAAUUGAUCCAGCCUGAGAUAUAAUACACACACUCCAGCCCAGAGAAAGAACACAACGGAAGUCUGUGUUGAGAUGUUCCAUGCUUUGAUGUCUUUCAUAGUUGAAUUACUUGCCAACAAUCCAUGUCAAUGCACCAAUGUGCAUAAUGGCACCAGACUUCAUUAUAAUCUUGUUCCAGACAUAGACAAAAUGCUGAUUUACAGAGGUGCAAUAGAAGUUACAGCUUUGACAUUGAGGUUAAUGAUUGAGUACAGCAUCAAGGAGCCCCAGCAAAAUUGAAGUCAGUAGGAACCAGGGGAAACUCUCCACUGGUUAGGUUCAUAGCUAGUUCAAAGGAAGACAGGGAGAAUGAUCUCAGUCCCAGGUUCCUAUUGCAGGGGGUGCUCAGUGUAGUUUCAUUGAACAAACUACCCUUAACAUUUUUCACUGAUGACCUUCCAUACAUCACCAACUCAGUGACGGGACAGUUGCUGACACUGGCACAACAUUCCAUCCCAUCACUGCCCAGAUGAUAAGGUAGCUCAUGGCUACAAGCAGCAAGACCUGAAUUGUUAGGGCUGAUCAUUUGCAAGUAACAUUCGUACAACAAAAGUGCUAAACUCUGAACAUUUGCAACAUGACAGAAUGCAUCUGUCUCCCCCAUACCUUCACCAAUAUUGCCAUCGCUGAAUCUACACUCUCCACAUCCUGGGGGUUACUAAUUUGUCAUCUUUUCAUCCCCUUAGCAAAAAGGAAUAAUUGUUUGCUUAAAGCCAAAUGUUACAUAAUGAAGCAAUUUUGCUUCAGAGCACAAAGGGGAGCAAUGUUAAAAUCUAAGAGCAAAGCCUAUGUAAGCACCUUUCACAUAAUGGGCAGUAGGCUUCAUUGAAUCCCUGCAGUGCAGAAAAAGGCCAUUCAGUCCAUCAUGUCUGCACUGACCUCCAAACAGCAUCCCACCCUGUCCCCAAGCCACCCACUAAGCUUUGAUGUUCUCAAGCACUGUGGGAAAUGACCAAUCUACCUAACUACACAUCUUUGGACUGUUGGAGGAAACUGGAGCACCUGGCAGAAACCCACACAGACGCAGGGAGAACAUGCAAACUUGACUUAGAUAGUCACCCAGGGCUGGAAUUGAACCCAAGAGCCUGGCAGUAUGAGGCAGUAUUGCUAACCACUGAACCGCCAGGCCACCCACUAUGAUUGGCUAUUAAGCAUACUCCCCCAAAAAUCCUCUUGAUGGUUUAAUUUGAACUUUCAAAACCAAGAUCAGUAUCUUUUUAUAGUGUAAGGGUAUUGAGGGAUGCAGAACAAUUAGUUGGGUGAACAGAGAUACAGAUCAGUCACAUGGUGGAGACAGUUUAAGGAACCAAAUGACCUCUUCCUGUUCUUACAAAAUCCUUGUUUGUAUUGAUUCAAAAACAUAAUUGAAACAGGAACGAGAUAACCUUUAAUAAAAUAAAUAAUUAUGGAUGCUGGAAAUCUGAAACAUGAACGUAAAUUGCUGGAGAAACUCAGCAGAUCUGGCAGCAUCUGUGAAUGGGAAUGCAAAGUUAAUGUUUCGAGUCCAGUGACUCUUCUUCAGAAUUUCAGAGCUCUGUUUUGUCUCCAAAAUACUGCCAGACCAACUGAGUUUUACGAGCAAUUUCUGUUUAUGUAUGGGACAACUUUUGUUUUGUCCCAACAUCGUAACCUUUCCACAGUGUUAAAGGUGUUAUCUUCUAACAGCUUCCAAUUUCUCAAAUGCAGCAUAGCCAAAAUACAAUUUGUAACCAUGAAACCAAAUUCUGCCUCAUAAUCUAGUUUAACGUUCUGGAAUUGUGCCUGAAACUAAAACUGGAUGGGGGGGUCUUAAUCCCUGAUGUGUAAUUAAGUAAAGAGUUAACAGAAUUGAGUACUUAAAGAUCAGUUCUUGUUUCAAAGUGGCAAUUUUUGUCUAUAUCCAGCACCAUUUUCCAUUUUCUGCUUUAUCAAGUCCUUAUUCCCAUCCCCUAAACACUUUGCAUCAUCUCCUUGACUUAUCUUAUUUCCUCUCCUAUUAUUUUCACCUACCUAACCUUUAGUGGGAGUCAGAAUGCCAUGAGCUCAAAUCCCUCUCCAGUGACUUGAGAAUCUGCAGUUCCCAUUAUCACUUGAGAACAUAGUCCAGGUUAACACUUUCAGUAUAUUACUGAGGGAACACUUCACUGUUGGAGUGGCCUUUUAGAUGAGAUGUUACCAUCUAAGGCGAAAGAUCCCCUACAACUAUCUUAAAGAAGAACUGGCCCUGGCCAAUAUUAAUCCCUCUGCCAGACAGAUUAAAGCAUAUUAUGUGGUCAUUAUCACGUUGCUGUUUUGGAGACUUGGCUGUGCACAUAUUAGCUGACACCACACUGUUUUCUCCUCUUGUCUGCUACCCAGGAAAGUUAUUCACAAAGGGGAAACUAUAACCCAUCGUCUUUGGAAAAAUUGUUACGAUACCAAGACCUUUGAUCAGAUUUGUCUGUAACUAGUGAUGACAUCUUGCCAGCAAUCACAUCAUCCAGAGAGAUUACUGAUGUUAAAUUAAAAAAGCAAAAUUAUGAAAUGUAAAAUCUCAAUCUUGAUUACAUGCUGAGCAAAUUUACAUCAACAUAGCUGAUAUACAACAAAGUCCUGUUGGAUAUUACUAGAAUUUUUGAAAGCGUCGACAACACAUUAGGACUGUAUUCCAUCAGGACAUAUUCAGGAGAGUCUUUAACAAAUCCUUUCCCAAUGCUAACUGCAAUAUUGAGAGAUUGAAAUGUUUUCCUUUGCUGGACACUCAUUCGGCCAAUCAUAUAACGCAAACCUGCUUAAACCAGGAUACGAACAAUUUACCUGGAGCAUGCAGAACUGUCCACAGAAUCAAAACAUAAAAAGAAAUUGAUUUUUAGUAAUUGAUUUAGUCCCUUAAUACAUUUAUGGGAGUCACGCAUGCAGAAGAUUUAAAAAAAGGUAAUUGUAUGUUAUUUCAAAUUUUAUAAAUAAUGAAUGCCCUCUUGUUAAGACAAUGGUUUAAGAGCUACUUGCAUGUAAAAUUGGAUGUGUAUGAAUCAAAAUACACGCAGGAGAUCACAGGAGUCCUUAUGCAUUACCCAUUUAUGGAUAUAUAUUGUAUAUAUAUAUAUGUAUAUAUAUAUAACAGAGAGAGAGAAAGAGAGAGCUACAACAGAACUUUUAUUGGCACGUUUAUUGUAUAUAUUUUUCUGACUACUUGUUAGCUUCAAUGCUCAAAGCAAAGCUUCUUAUAUACUUUGUUUUCAUUGGAAUGAAAUCUCAACGGUGAGAGAGACUGCAGCUAAUGUCCAACUGUUAGCCUAUGAGAGAUUAUGACCAAUGACGAUCAAAACCAUUGGUUUAAAUGAUUCCAGUGAUAACCAUGCAUAACACACAUUGAACCAGAUAGUUCCUAAGAAAUGGUGACCAAUGGCUUUCAAAACACAUUGGACUGAAUAGUUCCUGGAUAAUUGUGAUUAGCAUUCACAAAAUAUGGCGUCUGGGAAGCUAUGGGUGGUGUCCAUCUAAUGCUCUGUGGAUUGAGUGAAGAAUUUCUGACCAAGGUCGAUGAAAAUAAACCAUGAGUACCGUUGGGACCAAUGCCCAGUGUUGCUCAUUAGGACUGACAGUCAGGCACUUCAGUUUACAGAAUAUGAUCUAUAAUGAAAGGGUGUCACUUUUGAAAUUUAAGUACAUCUCCAUAAAUGUAAUUGCUAUGUUUCAUCACUCUAACUAAUUGUGAAUCCCAAUUUUAAUGUUGCCCUGAUCCUGAUGGUUUUACAACAUUAUGUUGCUAAUGUUGCUGAUAUUUAUUUGUCAUAAACACCUACACUUUAUACAUAUUCAGCUAUAAAAUGAAGUCAAGGGAAGAGUGUAAAACAGAAUGCUAAUCCACCGUGGCCAUUCUACAUAAUGAACCAAGAUAUAAUUAUACCCCCUUUAUAUUGGGCCAAACUGAUUUUAGAGCUUUGCAUUCAGUUCAUUGGCACUGUUCCCCAGGAGGGAUAAAUAGGCCAUGGAAGGAAUGCUGUAUAGGUUUAUCUAAAUGAUACCAGUGCUUAAAGGCUAAAUUCUAUGGACUGGUUGCUUAAACAUCACCUGAAUUGCCUUGAGUUAGAGGAGUAUCUUGGCCACCAAGUGGAGGUGUUCAAUAUGGAUAAAAUGAUUUGAGAAAGGAGAUAACAAAUUCCUCAGACCAGGAAAUCCAGAUAAGGCGUACGAUCUUAAAAUUUGAGUUGUCACAUUUCAGAUUGUUUUGAAGUAUUUCACACAAUGAAAACCUGGCGCCCAUUUCCCAAAUUAGCGGUGGAUUCUCAGGAAGCUAUUGGAGCUUCUGAGUUUGAGACCCACAGAUCUUGUUGAGGUUAGAGACAAAGAGAAAAAAGAAGACAGCAAAAUAGAACUGAGGUACUGAUGAGCCACAAUCUAACAGCCUCGAGGGGCUGAAGAGUCACUUCCUGAAGCAUAAUAAAUCAACUGUUUUCCUGCAUUUCUUGUGAUGCAUUGAUGAACAAAAACCCUCCAGUCUUCAAGCUGCACUCUAAAGAAACAACCAAAGUGCAGAGAAUGCUGGAGAAACUCAGCAGAUCUGGCAGCACACAGGGAGAGAGAAACAGAGUUAACAUUUCGAGUUUGAUAUGACUCUUCUUCAAGCCUUGACAGGCCUCCUCAUUGUACACAGAAAACACAGUCAUUUUUUUUGGUACCUGUGGAGCAGAAACAUAAGUGUUGAAAUAGGUCUAGUUUGAAAGCAUAAAAUAGGUAAUAAUGAAUUGGCAGCCCAUUUAAACACUGCUCUAUCUCCUUCUGAAAUGAAAUCAAUAGGCAGAGUUUAUAAUGGCCAGCCCAUUUGCUAUCAUCCAUUUCAUGUUACUAACCAAGACAAAUUUCAAACUAAUUUAAAGUCGCAGAAUCCCUACAAAGUGCAAGUAGACCAUUCAGCCCAUCAAAUCCACAAUGACCCUCCAAAGAGCACCCCACCCAGACCCACCCCUCUGCCCUAUACCAUAGCCCGGCAUUUCCCCAUGGUUCAUACACAUAGCCUGGAGGUAGGAGGAAACCAGAGCAACUGGAGGAAAUCCAUGGAGGCAUGGGGAGAAUGUGCAAACACCACACAGACAGUUGCCCAAGGGUGGGAUUGAACUCAUGUCCCUGGCGCUGUGAGGAAGCAGUUCUACCCACUGAGCCAACAAGGUGUAGAGCUGGAUGAACACAGGAGACCAAGCAAACGUAACACGUCUUAUGAAGAAGGGUCUAGGCCCGAAACAUCAGCCUUCCUGCUCCUAAGAUGCUGCUUGGCCUGCUGUGUUCAUCCAGCUCUACACCUUGUUAUCUCAGAUUCUCCAGCAUCUGCAAUUCCUACUAUCUCUAAGCACUGAGCCAAUGUGAUUCAAACAGAAUUGUCCUCACUGUUUCCCCCUGCACCUCCCCCCAGCCAAUAUAAAUGAUGAUUUUGAUUUACACCAAUUCUGCUGAUUGAAUUUCUUGCUACACACUUAGGGACACAAGAGGUAGGACAAGAGUAACAGUCAUCCUCCUUACAAAGCUAGCUGUGCACAGAUGCAGAAGGUGUGACAAGGAAGAACUUUGUUCUUUUCUCGGACACUGGAGUGGAGACUGUGAUUGCAGUAAAGACACUGACCAACAGAAACUUUGGCAAAUAUAUUUAUGAUCACCCUACAGAACAACUAGAACACAGUUCUUCCUUUAGGAUCAAUGGAGGUGUUCAGAAGACAAAAGGAUAAUAUUUGUCUUGUCACCUUCCAAUAUACGUAACUAUAUCAUGACACACUUCUGGAAAAUGCUUAAAUGUCACUUUCAAGACCUCUUCCCACCAACGGCAAUGGGUGACUACCAAAAGCAAGUUUCUGUGUAAUGUGUCCUGAAGAAGGAUAAUGCCCAAAAAGUUGACUGCUCCUUUCCUCCAAAUGCUGCCUGGUUAGCUGUGUUCUUCAAGCCUCCUGCUUGUCACACCCUGUGUACUUCGCUGUUUCAGAGGUAAUAGUUUUCCACAGAUACUUCACCAAAGUUAAAAACAGACCAUCUCACAAGUAAAUACUCUUGUACCCCUCUAAUUACUGAAACCCUCCUAAUUAUGGAUUGCUUCCAUGAGUUUAGUUUAAGAUGUGAUCAUUACAGGAGAGAUGUUCAACCAAUUGCAAAAUGUAACACGUCUUACACCAUCUUUUUACCCAUAUUCUUUUACUUGUUUGUGUCAUUUCUCACUCAAGGAUGCAUCUUUCUCCAGAGGGGCAACACCAUUUAUCACGCAUUGGUACCGAUUGUAGAUAUAUGGAACUUAAUGUAGAAUAAAAUGACACUGUAAAAUAAAAAUGUUUUGGCAAUUCAAAAGAUGAAUAAAUGCUGGUGGUUGUAGCCAUCUUUGAAGCAGAUCUGUUAGGGAAACCAGUAUUCCAGAA